AUGUCUGGGGACGAAGAGUCUGCCAGGGCCAAAAGAGAAGAUAGGAUGAAGAGAGAAAGAGAGGAUAGAAGAAAGUACGAAGAAGAAAAGGCCGAUUCGGCCAAGAGAGAACAGAGGGAGAACUCAAGGUCUCCAAUAAAGGAAGACUCGAGGAAAGAGAAGAGACAAGAGGGAAACGGACGUUCCAAAAAUAAAGGAACCUCCGAAAAAGAAGGCAACACAGGUAAAGUGAACCUGAAGUAUGCGCACAAUACUCCGGUGAGGAUUGAGAGCGAUAGGGAGGAAGUAAAUACGGAGGAAAUAAGAGGGAAUCUGAGCAGGGCAAGCAGCAUAGGAAGCAUCAGAAGCAUAGGCAGCAUGAGAAGCUGCUAUGUAAAACUGAAUGCAACCUCUCAGAAAAAGGCAGGGAAUAGUUACAAUCAUAGCCAGAAGGAAAGGGAGUCGCAAGAGACACCCAAGAGGGAAACUAGAAGCAUGACUGCGACUAGACAAACAAAAGGAAAAGAAAAUAGAGAAGUGGGAAAAGAUAAUGAGGAAUCGGAAGACAAGGACAGCCAUAAUAGUUUCAACAUGACUGUAACCCCGAUCCCGAUAUCGGCAAACAAGAAAGGUAUCAAGAAAGGAUACCCAGUGGCCACAGGAGAGUAUGAGGGACUAAAGGCCACACAAGACAAGAUAGACAGGAGACUAGGUCUAAAAGAGGAUAGAGAGAUGGACAUUCAGACGGACCUAGAAUCCGAAAAUUAG